UCUGCCAGUCUUGAGACCUCUGCUGGAUAUGUUGGACGUAGAGGCAGAGGUACUUGAUGACGAGUCUGGAUGGAUUUACCUUCAGCUGUCCUACACAUGUGGAUUUUGCUUCCAGAUUACUUAGGGUGUGACAUUCAGCUAUCUUUGCUGAAAAACACGGAUUCAAGGCUUAUUUUUUCUGUAACCUAAUUUUUUUUUUUUAAAGCAACCUGUUGCUCUGUGUUCUGCUUCAAUAGUUUCAAUACACUUUUCAGUGUACUGAUACAAAGAUAUUUUUCCUUCAAGAUUUGUGAACCAGGACCUAAGGACAAGGUUUUGUUUUAACUGAACAUUAGACUGAUAUAGAGAUGACUGGAGCCUUGCAUGCUGGACUAAUAUUGUUUUCUGUUGUGGUUGUGUGCGAGAGUGAGCCAACACAUGUUGGGCCUGACAAAGAGGGUGAUUCACAUGGACAUUCCAGAUUGGUCCACUUAUCAUCAAACUGGGCCUUAGUGCUGGUCAAUGGCUCAUUAGACUUUUCCCGGGCGGAGAGCUCCUGCCGAAGUCAGUUCAGCUCCCUUGCCACCUUAGACCAAUUGGAGGUUCGUGAAGGGGCAUUGGAGUUACUGCGUCAAACCGGACAUCAGUCGCAGGUCUGGAUCAACAGCCCCUCCAAACUGGAAUCCAAGCCCUUGCCCCUGUCCAAGCAAUAUUUGCAGUUCUCAGCUCUAAACUUUCCUAAAACAUCCAGGGAAGGAUUUGUUCGCGUCAACAGGCCCUUCCCCGCUCUGUCAUCAAUCAGUGUGUGUGUUCGCAUUCAGUGGGACCCAGAAUGGAAUGAAGUGUCGACCAUCUUCUCCUAUGCUGCUCGUGUCUUUACCAAUGAAUUCCUACUACGGGGUCAGGGUGACACGCAGGGACGAAUCCUCCUGGCUCUCAUUGUUCAUGGGAAACACCUUCCAUACAAAGCAUAUUUCCCUCAUGAUGGUGGAUGGCAUCACAUCUGUGUCACGUGGAGCAGAAGUCUCUGGGCUAUCUAUGUAGAUGGGGAAAGGAAGGACAUGGGUUCAGGGUCAGACACUUCUCGAGAUAUCUAUGCUGAUGGGAUACUUAUUUUGGGUCAGGACCAGGAUUCAUUUGGAGGGAAUUUCACAGAGCCCUUUUUUGGAAAUAUCACUGAUUUAAAUGUUUGGAAUAUUUCCCUGGAAACACGCCACAUCCGUGCUUUGAAUGGAUGUUCUGCAAUGAAUCAGCCCAUGCUUUUUAGGUGGGACCUUGACCAUCUGAUCAACCACCCAGCUGUCAAGGAGGUCCAGGCUCAUUUGUUUUGCCCAGAAAAACACCAGCAGAUGGAGCUGCAAAGCUGCAGAACAAUGCAGAUCCAGUCAGAUCGGCCGACAUUCACGACUCUACUAGACUGCUCUGAGCCACUGGCAUUUAUCUGCAUGAGUAGCAGAGAACGUUACCUGAAAAUGAAACAGAUAAGUGAUUUCCAAAGGUCUCAGCCAACGGCCUUUAUGAAUCAUCUGUUGAAGCACUCCAAUAACAGCCAGGCCGUAGUGGGGCUGCAGUCAUCCGGUCUGAGCAGCCUGGCUGAAGCAUCCGCACUGCUGGACGCGUCUGUCCAGGCUCUACGGGACACAAGGCAGGAAGGACUGCAGCCAACAGACAUGGUUUCCCUCAUCCAGUUGCUGUCUUUGGCUGCUGAUGUUCCCCCACAGCAUUCAGAUUCCACCGACCACACCAAGGAAAGUGUCCAGGAGCUAAGCCAGUACUUCAUCAGUGUGGCAGACAGCGUCAUCAGCCAAGACAAUACCUUCAAGUGGCAGGCCAUCAAAGAGGUGGUCAAUGGACCCAUGGAUGUGGUGAAGAGCAUUGACCGGAUGGUGACCAGCUUGAGCUCCGAGUUGGUGUCAGAGAGGGAUCAUCUGACGUUUCACAGCCCAAACAUCAAGUUGGCUGUGCAGCAGCAGAGGCUUCAGGAAUCAUCUAAGGGAACAAGUUUCUGUGGGCCUGAGAAUGAAAAACACUCUAACUCUGACUGUAUUUCAGUCCCACAUCAAAAGAUCCAGGAUCUCCUUUACAAAGGAUUUCAUAAACUCACUUUGGUCAACACUUGGUAUGGUUCUCUACGGCCACUUUUCAAUCCUGAGGGGAACAUUAGCAUGGUUCCUACCGUCACGGAUGGUAGCCAAAGGUAUUUGGGUACUAUCCUGGGCUCCUCUGUCAUAUCCACCACGGUGCUGGGAGACAACCAGCCCGUUAGUACAGCAGUCCACUUCCAGCUCCGUCACAAAGUGCAGAAUUCUGCAGGUGCUGUAUACGAUCCAGUGUGCGCCUUCUGGGAUUUUAAUAUCAAUCCAGAGGCUGGUGGGUGGUGGAACACCAAAGGGUGUGAGGUUGUUUCCAAACAUUAUGGCUACACUGUGUGCUACUGCAAUCACACAACCAAUUUUGCAUUGCUACUACAGGUCUACGAAGCACAGCCGAGCCCAGAAGACAAAAAAGCUUUGCAGGUGCUGACGUUCAUUGGUUGUGGAGUGUCUCUGUGUGGCCUCCUCUUCACCUUCAUCCUCUUCAUUGCUGUGGGUGUUCCUAAAUCGGAUCGCACAACUGUCCACAAGAACUUAAUUGUUGCGCUUAGCAUCGCUGAGCUGCUUUUAAUGUGCAGUGACUGGGCAUCUGCUAAUGAGGGUGCUUGUUUUGUGGUUACGGCAUUGCUCCAUCUCUUCUUCAUGGCCUCUUUUUCCUGGAUGCUGGUGGAAGGUUUGCUAUUGUGGAGCAAAGUUGUGUCAGUCAACAUCAGUGAAGACCGCAGAAUGAAAUUGUACUACAUUAUUGGCUGGGGAUUACCUGUUCUAAUAGUCAUUGUAACACUGGCAACUACAAUAAAUGAGUACAAGGCUGAUGGUCACUGCUGGCUCAAUCUGAAGACUGGCACAAUCUGGUCUUUCGUGGGACCUGUAAUAUUUGUUUUGGCGGUCAAUUCAGUUGUGUUGUGCCGAGUUGUCAUGGUGACUGUUUCGAGUGCCCGCCGUCGUGCUAAAAUGCUCAGUCCAAGCUCAGCAUCAAAAAUGCACACCUUUGAUCUCACCUGGGCUGUGACUCGACCAGUUCUCAUCCUUCUGCCCGUCCUGGGCUUAACUUGGCUGUGCGGAGUACUGGUCCACCUAUCGGUUGUAAUUGCCUAUAUCUUCAGUGCUCUCAAUGCCUUCCAAGGCCUGUAUAUUUUCUUAGUUUAUGCUGUUUACAACAGUGAGGUGAGGAAUGCAAUCAAGAGGAUCAAGGAAAAGAGAAAAGCAUUAUCUUUCACAAAUUGUUCUCAGCCAACGACCUUCGUACCUUCUCAGAGAGUUCCCAUAAGGUCUUGGGACCGCAGUCCGCUGACUCCUUCUAGUCCUGAGAUCAGUGAGACCUCUGGAGCCCCCAGUUCUAGCUCCACUUCACUCGUUAUCAAGAAUGAGAGUUUCAGAAAAGAAAGCUUUGUGAGUUUCUCAUUGAAACAACCACCAGGAAACCAAGUGGUGCAACUCACAGCAUUCAAACCAUCAGGUUCUUGAACUGAAAAUGGAGCCCCAUCCGGAAACUCAAUACAUUAUAACCUUGGAUCACAAUAAGAGGAUAGAACUGGACACACAAUUAGACUGCACAGCUACUUCACACAAAUACACACAUCUUGCUGAUGUAAAGGAAACUCAGAAUUAGGGAUUAAGUGUUUUGCAGAUGUUUGCUUCUCAGAUCAGAUCGAUGCUGAAACCCAAAUCUUCAAAGAGCCCUGCUCUGAUAUUACAUAUGUUGAUAACCAAGAUGCACAUUUUUACAGGAUUUGUAACCAUGUACAUAUGUAGGGAAAUAAUCAUGAAUUCUAAUAGUUGUGUCUACCAUUAUGUCAUUUCUGGUUAUGAGUACCAAUUUCCUACUUGUUGAGGAUUUCAAAAGUUUCAAAAUUAAGUACCGUAAUUUUCAGACUACAAGCCGCGCCUGACUGUAAGCCACCACUCACCAAAUUUGACCCGAAAAUGGCAUUUUUGCAUAGAUGAGCCACACCGGAAUAUAAACCGCAGUUGUCCUCACUGUAUCAUGGGAUACUUACACCAAAAGAAAUAACUGGUAACACUUUUUUUGACAGUGGCAUCAUAAAACCAAAUGAAUCCCAUGAAGCUUUGAACCAAUUGGCUGCAAUGUUAGUCGUCCAACAUGCCUCCUAGCAUGCAUUGCAGCGCUACAGAUGUAAAUUACAAUCAAAAUUUAUGUUGUGUGCUAAUUAUUUAUUCAGUUACUGUUCUAGUUGUUUCAUGAAUUGCUAGUUAUGGUAUUUGGUAACACUUUAUGAGCAUUAAUAAAUUCUUAUGACGGAUGUCAUUUUUGUGUCAUCCGGCAAAUUAUCUUACCUUUGAAUGGAUUACAUAAAUGGAGUUACUAACAUAAUUUGCCAGAUGACACUAAAUGACAACUUCAUAAGCAUUUAUUAAUGGGCAUGAUAGUGUCAUGUCAUAAUUAUGACGGUCUUAUGGCAGUCUUAUGACGCCGCUGUCAAAUAAAAUGUUAUCUAUUAACCCAAAUAAAGCAACAAAUAAGCCACUAUAACUGAACUAUACUAACUGAACUAUAAACCACAUGAUUGAAAAUGAGGGGAAAAAAGUAGCGGCUUACAGUCCGAAAAUUACGGUAUGCUUUUCCAAAUUAUUUCAAUCGGAGACAGAAAUGUCUGCUUGGAAGAUUAUGAAAAAUGGAACAAUCAAUGGAUGGAUUAUAUAUGGAAUUUUCGUACUAUUACUAAACAACCUUUAGACUUCUGUUCAAGAGAAAUGUCCUUCUACAGUCUGUUUUCGUUUUCAAGCUCUGAACAUGUUGCAUAAUGACUCAUCUCAAGUGGCAUAAAUGCAAUGAUGUUGAAACACACCUGUUAAAUGUGAUGUGGAGAAAAAAAGAAAAGAAUGAAAAAAACAUAUUUCUGAACCUUUAAACAUCCAAUCUGAUAGAUAUGUAUACAUUAAUUUGAAAAUUACCUUUAUAUUGGGUAAAAAUUGCAAACAUGACCAGUUUUUAUAAUGUACACAACAAAUGACAUUGGAAUCACUGAUUAAAUCCUGAUAAAAUUUAGCUAACAUAGUAUUAACAUUUUUGUUUUCAGGAUGUGUGGUUAAAAAAUGAAUUAAGUUAUAAGUCAGAACAACGUUAGGAAGAAUAGCUUCCUCAUCAGAUACACGACGCCGUACUCUCCCUUGAGGACAUGAACACGUACAAUUGAUGGCAGUGAGAUUAGCAAGAUUAUAGUUACCAAUCAUCAUUACUUUGGUUCAAUAACUCCGCUGAUCUUGGAUUUUGAUUGAUAUGCUUUGAGUUCAUGAGUGACAUAAAUGAUUUGAGCAAUUCUGCGUAGUGCUAAUUUGAAAAAAAUGAAAAAAAAAAACCAUAAAAUUAAGAGUUGUGCAGUUUUUACUUCGUUGUUGCCCUUUGUACCCAUCAAAUAUUUUAAUCAUUCCAUCACAUACUGUACAUAAUCAGCAAAUAACAAUCCCACGUACCAAAAAAUUGAAUGGAAUAUUAGCUUCAUAGAAGAAGUAAAAUAAUUUACAUUAUGACAAUUACGAGCAAUCAACCAAUGCAAGGUUUUUUGCAAGGCCGGAGUUAUUACCCCGCCACCA